AUGUCAGACGAAGAACCAUUCAAAGAUGAUAAUUAAGAUUAAGGAGAUAAUCCUGAUGAUGACAAUUAAGAUUAUCCUUAAGAUUAACCAAAUGAUUAAGAUAAUUAUGAAGAUGGAGAUCCUUUUGAGGAUGGAGACAAUCCAAAAGAUGAUGAUGAGUAAAAUAUUUAUAUCUAUAUAUAUAAAUUAGUAUAAAGAAUAAUGAGAUAUCUAAUGAUUUAAAACUUACUAUUGAUGAAUAAGGAUUAGAUGAUAAUUAGAAAUUAAGAAAAUGGAAAGACCUUUUGUCUGAACAUGUUUAAAAAGUUUAAAAAUUAAGAAUGCGAAAUAAUAAUUUAAGAGGUCAACUUAAAAAACUAGGAGACAAAGCAGAAAAAUUAGUUUAAUCUAAUGUUAGAAAAUAAAAAUUAUUAGAAUAAAAAUUGGACCCAAAACAUUAUAAUCUUGCAGAAAAAAAAAUAUUAUAUGAAAUUAAGAAUGGCAAAUCUAAAUAGGACUUCGCUAAUAAAAUAGAUCCAAGAAUUUGUAAACUAAUAUAUAAUAUUCUUAAGUGAAUUUGCUUAUGGAUAUAGACAAAAUGGAACAAUCCAAUACUUAAAUGAGAGAAUAAAUUAAGGCAUUAAAAGAUAGAAAUAAAAAUCUAGAAUAAACUGAAGAAGUAAAUAAACUUAGUAAUGAAAUUAUACUAAUUGAAAAAUAAAUUGGAGAUGAAGAUAGAUUAAGAAAGAAAAUGUAAUUAAUAAUGAAAGAAUAAGAAGCUGAACUUAAAUAAUAAUAAUUUGAUUGUGAUUAUGAAAGUAGAUUAAAUAGUCUCAAAGAAUAAAUUAAAAAAUUAAAAGAUAAUAUCAAGGAAGCUUAGAAAGUAGAAUUGCAUGAAACAAGAAAAGAAGUAGAAUUGAAUAAUUAUUUCGCUGAACUUUAAAAAAUGUAAUACUCUAUUUAUAUUAUCAUAGAUAUCGUCAAAUAUGUAAUUAAUUAAAUAAACCAUGUGAGGAGAAAUAGCAUUUUAAAUAAGAAAAAUAGAAAGAAUAAGAUAAUACAAAUGAACAUUAAAAAAAAGCAUAAGAAUUUGCACAGAAAAGUCAAGAAGAGAAUUAAAAGAGAUUUCUAAAAAUAAAAGAAAGUCAAUAAUAACCAGAAGAGACAGAUGAACUUAAUAAGGCAUUAAAAGAAUUUAAGGAAAAUAACGAUAAAUUUAAAUAACUUUAAGAAGAAGUUAAGAUAUUAUAAGAAGAACUUGAUAAGAAGGAGAAAGAUCAAUAUAAAGAAAAGAAGAGAUUAAUUGAAGAAUAGGCUAAAUUAAGUGAAGAUGUAUUAUAAUUAGCAAAAUAAUUAAAAGAAAAAGAAGUUUAAACCAAAUCAUCAGUUACAAAAUUAAAUGAUCUAUAAAGAUAAGUUUAAUUGUUAGAUAAAAAAUAAGUCUAAGAACCUAUAUAAAGUACAUAACAAAAACCAGAAUGUAUUAUGUUUGGAAUAGACAAAAAAACAGAAACUUGUUUACCAUUUGAUGAUUCCAAGAAUUUAGAUUGGACAUCAAAUAUGCCUAUUAAUUAAAUAGUUGUUUGUAAGAAUAGUUAGAAUAAUCUAAUCAUUGGUUUGGAAUUGAAAUAUGGAGAUGCAGAAAAUAAAGAAGAUAAUAAAACUACAAAACAUAUUGGAUUAUAAGAAGGUGAUAUUGGAAAAGAAUAGAUCAAUAUUACAGCUGAAGAAAAAUUAAGCUAUAUUUCUGGAUUUCAUAAUUCAGAAUAAAUAAUCUUUUUGAAAUUUGAAACAAAUAAAAAGAGAGUCAUUCAAGUUGGAAAUAUGAAAUAUAAAGAUAAUUACACAAAGGAUUUUAGAAUAGAAAUUAAAGAUAGAGAAAUUCUUGGGUUUAAUGGAAUUUUAGAUUAUACUUCAGGUAAAAUAUAUAUAUAUUUAAAUUAGAAUCAUAAAAUCCAUCUGAAAGAUAUUUGGUUGCAAUAGGAUUAAAUCUAAAACAUAAAGAAUUAGAUAUUUCAACAAAAAAGAGAUUAAAGAAAUAGAAGAUGUUAGAAGAAUAAGAAAAAUAAAGAGUUCCAGUUGAUUAUAGAAAAAUAACUUAUCCAUUUAAAAAGAAUCAUCCAAAACAUUUAGAAUUAAUCAAAUCUUAACCAAAGUUGGAUGUUUCUAUAUAUGAAGAAGAAAAAGGUAUUUCAUAUAUUAUAGUUAUUUUAGCUAAAUUAUUCUAAAAGGAGAAGGAGAGAUUUUUAUAAGCAUAAAGAGCAUAAUUGGGAUUGUUAUCUGCUAAAUAUUUCAGUCCUUCUACUUAUAAAUAAUAAGAAUAUUUAUUGGAAGACUAGAAGGUAAUAAUAAUAUCUUAAUAAAUAAUAGAGGAAAGAGAAGAGUGAUUAGAGAAAAGAAUGGGUUGAACAAAAGAGAGAAGAAAAUAAAAAUAAUUUAACGCUUCCUGUUAUAGAAACAAAAACACCAGCAGACUAGGAUAAAAAAGGAGCAAAAGCAUAAAAAACAGCUAGUCCAUAGAAGCAAUAGAAAUAAGCUUAGAAGGAAGUUCCAAAAAAAGAUGAUUCUAAAGCUAAAAAAAAAUGA